AUGCCACGGAAGAGAGAACGCACCACCACUAAGCGGACUUCUUAUACAGUGAAUGACUUGCGAGCUGCUGUGAAGAGAUGUCUAGAGGCUGGAGAGAACCCGCAUCGUGUUGCCACAGAAACAGGUAUCCCACGGGGAACUUUGAAAGACUUCAUAAAGAAGGUAAAAGCUUCCUCUUUUGAUGAAGUUAAUUUUAACCCAUGGGCUACAAACAUGGCUAUUUUUACUGCAAAUCCGGAACAAGAGCUCUAUGAAUACCUGAUUCAGGCAACGGAGAUUCAUUAUGGCCAAUCUAAUUUGGCUGCAAGAACUUUGGCCUGUGCCUAUGCGCUACGAAACAGCAUUAAAGUUCCGAAAAGCUGGAUCAAGAAUAAUGUCGCAGGCAAAGACUGGCUAUUUGCUUUCAUGAAAAGGCAUAAUUUGUCAUUCAGAGUGCCUGAAGGCACCAGCCUCAGUCGUGCAACUAGCUUUACCAAACCAACCGUAAACAAGUUUUUCGAUACGCUCUUAGAUUUAUUAAAUAAACAUUCAUUUGGUCCUGAGGACAUUUAUAACCUCGAUGAAACUGGUUGGGUGACAGUGCAAAAGCCGCAAAAGGUUAUAGCGGCAAACGGGAAGCGAACAGUUGCACAGAUGACGUCCGGUGAGCGAGGUGUUCUCGUGACAAUGGUUGCUGUAAUUUCUGCCGCUGGGAGAGCUGUUCCCCCUUUCCUCAUCUUCCCUCGAGUGAAGUAUCAAAAUCACAUGCUCACUGGUGCGCCCACAGGAUCGGAAGGAAGAGCGAACCCAUCUGGAUGGAUGGUGAGUCAUUUGUUCCCGGAUGUCAUACAGCAUUUCAUAAAGCACGAGCGCCCAUCCAAAGAAAAACCCAAACUCGUAAUCCUUGAUAACCACGAAUCUCAUUUAAGUUCAGAAGCAACAAAUAUUGCCCGGGACAAUGACAUUGUAUUACUAACUCUACCACCUCAUUGCAGCCAUAAGAUGCAACCCCUUGAUGUGGGUGUUUUUGGCCCUUUUAAGAGAUUUUUUAAUCAAGCCGCUGAUUUGUGGAUGAUAAACAAUCCUGCCAAGACUAUUACUAUUUAUGAUAUAGCAGCACUUGUUGGCACAGCUUUCCCGAAGGCUUUCACUCAUAGCAACAUCACCGCUGGUUUUCGUCGGUGUGGUAUUGCGCCGUUUAAUUCGGAUAUCUAUCGAGAUGAUGAAUUUUCAGGCUCCUUUGUUACUGAUCGCCCAGACCCGGGAGAAAACAGUGUACAUGAGUUACAACCAGGGGCUGACAUCCCUGGUGAACUUAAUCAGCCUCAGCCAGAUGCAGCAGGUUCUUCAGCAAAUAUUGAAAAUCAACCUCCGGCCUCAAAAGAAGUUGUCAUCAGUCAACCAAUCAAUGCCCCUGUUGGCACUUCAUUAACUUCAGCUGCUGUUGAUCCAAGUAGACCAAGGAAGAAAAAAGAGACCGAGAAAAGGAAAGCGAUGAAACUUUUAGAUUUGAAAAUUCCAAAGAAGUCGAAAAAUCCAAAUAAGCAGACUAAUUCAAGGAAGAGACUGUUCGUCGAAGAUUCUCCGUCUUCCAGCUCCUCACUAUCGGACAAUGAAUUUUCUGAGCACAACUCUGAUUCAUCAGUUGGUAUGGAUGAAUCCUUCGAAGAACAACCUGAUGAAAUAAUAUUGGGUGCUUACUGCCUUGUCAAAAUCUUCACCAAAGCAAAUACCGGCUUCCGUUACUACAGUGGAGCCCGUAUAUAA